GAAACAAAAAAAUAUACCAAGACAUUGGUGUUUCUGUUGGAGGGAAAAAAACCCUGUUAAUUUGGAUCCGCUCAAUAGUUUAAAGAACAGAGUGGAGAGCCUGCAUUCUUUUUCCAGCUUCAGCAUAACCAUUUAUUAGAUUUGUGUAGCCUGUUUUGUUUUAGUGUAUGUCUUUUUUAAGUUACAACUCUGUACAGCAUUAUCUGUUUUUCUUUCAUUGCUGUCUCAGCCAGCACCAGUGCAGCUCAGUAGCAGAUUUCAGUGCCCUCAUCAAAAACCCAGCAGAUCAAUGGGGUUCUCUUCAUUGACUUCUGAGUGAUUAAAAUCAGCUUCUGCCAUUUGUAUUUGCCAUUUUUCCUCUGCUUAUUCGCAGAAACAGUGUAAUUAAUGUGAGAUGUUGUAAGUAAUCAGAAAAGAAGGUCAAAUACUAUGGAGAAAUCUAUAGAAUGGAGACCCAAGACAAUGAAGUGUAUUGGUACUUGUGUUUCCUUCCAUUGUUCUUCCCCUUUCAUUUCUGCACUUCCCUUGGCCUUCGCUGGCUCAUCCGUGCUUUUCUCUUUGUUCUGUUUCUCUUCCUACUGCAGGAAAUCAUAAAUUGAGAUCAGAUUCAUGGCGUUUAUUUUAUUUCCCUUUACUAAGUGAAGUGAACUCCUGUGAUAACUAGUUUACCAAAUUUUUUUUAUCUAAGGAAAACUUUGACAUGGAGACCGCUUUAUUUUUUUCCUUCAUUAAAACAAUCAAUUAAUGUCUAGCCUUGUGUCUUGGGAAGAACAUGCUGAUUCCUUCAGAUUAAGGGAAUUUGCAGUUGAGGAAUACCUGGGGUGAUUUUUUAGGGAGAGGAGAAGGCUUUUCAGGGGAGCUGGCAUGUUAGAAAGAAGAGGAAUUGGCUGGAGACUAGCGUGUUACUAGUAUCAAGUCAAGCUUUUUAAUUCACUGUGAGAAAAUGGUAAUUCUGCUGCUGAUUAGAGUAUCUGAGGAAGAUGGUUCACGCUGAGAUACAUAAGAAGAAUGGAACUGGCUGUAGAGGCUUGUUUUUUAAGGGGUGAUACUAUUGUUUCAGUUUCCCCUUGGAUGUCAGUUAUUCACCUUUUUUUAGUGAUCUCGUUGUCAGUACUCAAGUCUCCAGCUUCGUUCAAAAGUUUACUCCUUUCAGGUUUCAUAUCAAGUCGGUUACCCUCUUCUGUUCCAGUCUUCUAUAGACACAACUCUUAAUGUUGCCGCGUUACCUCUGCCAUGAGUAGCUAACCAGUUGGCUAUUUGCUCAUAAUACACAACUGAUGGUGAAGUAAAACCACCCAGAAAACAGUGCCUGCAGAAAGAAAGAGCAGGAUUUAGUAUUUAAAGUGCAAGUAGGGUUUAAUUUGUUGUUUUCUAGACUUGAAACAGUUUUGGCACAUAUAGCAUUGAGUUAGCAUUUCUGUUUUUCCUGAAAAAUGAACUAUCAGCUUUGGAAAUACUAAAAGUAUUUUUCCGUUUCUGUUGUUCCACAAAGUAUCUGUUUUAAAACACCAGCUGGAGUUUUCUGGAAAAAACCCACAAUCAGAUUGUUAAAUUAAUUUGUAGCGUAGUUUAUACUUACGGAUGACAAUGAGGUAGUAGAUGAAAAAGUUUAUUUUCCGAUGUGCUUAGAAACAAAUAAUAUUUUUGCUAUAAAAUAUGAUAGUGACAUAAAAGGUUUUACAGGACAUGGGGAGACAAAGAGGAAACAGUGACACAUUUCCAUUUCUAAAACAAAAGUUGAGAAAGCAGAUAAAAAGCACAAUUAGAGGCAUGAGGAUAUUGACCUUCCUUGCAGUGCUUUAGUUACCUUGAACUGGUAAACUAAAACUGCCUGCUUGUUUUACUCUCCUGGGCUUACAUUUAGGUGUGAGUAUGGCUGAUACUAACUGCUGGCUGUAAAAUGACCUUUGGUUUGUGAAGGUACACUCUUUCAGUAAAUACAGUGGAGAUUACGAAAAUAAAGGAUGCGUUAACUCAGAAAAUACUAGACUUGCUUAUAUUUGAAAUAUUUUGAUUUCAAAGCAACUAGCGGGAGCUAUAAGUAGGUAAUCUUGCACCAGUGUUAUUUCAUAAUAUUUACAUUCAUAAAAUGUCGUUGACCCAGAAUCUGUCAGUCAGCCAUUUGUCUUUGUUUCACAAUGUGGUCACUUUGAGGUUAUGUAUUAAUUUCACUGCAUAUCACUUAAUUUUCAGAGUCACACUGAAUGGCUGAAUAAAGCAAUUAAUAAAAGAAUCUGAAGUAUUUUAAACAAUUAAUUAGAAAUAUAUACUUUUUCUGCACAGCUACAAUCCUCUGAUAGUCAUGGAGCCGUAUUUUGCUGGCUUUAAGCACGUGCAGCAGGACUAUGAAGUUACUCUUGAACUUGCCAAUGAGGAGACUCAAAAAACUAGCAGCGCACAAAAUUCUAAGGUAGGGUCUUAUGGUGUCAGUAUUAGAGUCCAAGGAAUUGAUGGACAUCCUUACAUAGUACUAAACAAUACAGAAGGAUGUUUGUCAGAAAAUCGUCCUCCAUCUGGAAAAGAACAGCAGGUCAUUUCUCAGACUAUACGUAAGCCAACUACAGACUCUGAUACUGCUUUUAAGUUGGAGGACAAAAGCAGUGAACACACAAAGUUUCCUGGAACCCAGCAUCUGCAACCCUCUGUGUUUAAAAGCCUAAAAACAACCAAUAUGGAUGAAAAAGAAAAUGGAAUAUCGAAUUUUAGAGAUGGGGCACUGAAAUCCACCAAUUUAUUGAACUUUCAAAGACAUCCUGAGCUUUUACAGCCUUAUGAUCCUGAAAAAAAUAACUUGAACUUGGAUACUUACCAAUCUUCUAUGUGCAGUAAAUCUACGUCUUUUGCAGAUGAAGGUAAAACUGAAGCAAGGCCUUGGAUUUCCUCAUCCAAAGUAGUGUCCCUACAGAAAACAAAUCCAUAUCUUGCAGAGUCAACCAAAGCAAGUGCAAAAAAAAUACACUUGAACAGGUCAGUGGAAGACCAAAAUAAGCAGACAUUGGAUUGUCCCAGUAGCGUGACCAGUCCCAAUGAAGUACAUGUUUCAGAUUCAUUUUCAUCCACAGGAGGAUCCUCAUGUGUUAGUCCUCAUCUGGAAACAAGGAAACCUAGACCAGAUGUUCUUCCUUUCCGCAGACAAGAUUCAGCUGGGCCAGUGUUGGAUGACUCACGAAGAUCAUCAUCCUCAUCAGCUACUCCUACUUCUGCAAAUUCCUUGUACAAAUUUUUACUUGAUGACCAAGAGUAUGCCAUCUAUGCAGACAAUGUUAAUCGGCAUGAAAACAGAAGGUAUAUUCCAUUUUUGCCUGGAACUGGCCGUGAUAUUGACACUGGUUCGCUGCCAGGAGUAGAUCAACUAAUUGAAAAGUUUGAUAAGAAAGUUGAUCCUCAGAGAAGAGGUAGGAUGGGAAAAAGGAAUAAGAUUCAUCCAGAUGAUCGUAAAAGAUCAAGAAGUGUUGAUAGUGCCUUGUCAUUAGGCCUUGAGGUAAAUUCAGAUUAUUUGCAUGAAUUCAGUAAAAGCUUGGGUAAGUCAACUGAGCACUUGCUAAGACCAUCUGAAGUUUGCCAUCAUAAGCAGAUACCUAGAGAUCAGAAGUUGCCUUCCACAGAGAUGAAAGUUUCAGCUCAAAGUACUGUAAAACUGCAAAUGCCCAAUAAAGACAUUCAGAACAGCCAUUUCAAUUCUUUGCAGUAUCAUAAACAAAAUAGAACUAAUGCUGAGAGCUUCAUGUUUAGGUCAUCUACACUCCCAGGACAGAGUAAGAGUGAGGAAGUUAAAACAGUAACUUCUACUCUGUUGUUGCCAAACCGAUUUACAGUUCCACCAGAUACAGGAGCCAAGAAGAUUUCUGUAAAAACAUUUUCAUCCGUCCCCAGUAUACAGGCAACUCCUGAUCUCUUAAAAGGCCAGCAAGAUCUUGCACAGCAAACAAAUGAAGAGACAGCUAAGCAGAUCCUGUACAAUUACCUUAAAGAAGGAAGUGCUGAUAAUGAUGAUGCCACAAAGAGGAAAGUCAACUUGGUUUUUGAGAAAAUUCAGACGUUAAAGUCAAGAGCUGCUGGAAAUGCACAGGUUUCUGAUUCUUCAGCUGAAGUGAAAGCUUUGUCGGAACAAAAAACAGAACUUGAAAGGAAGGUGGAAGAAUUGCAGAAAAAACUGGAUCUAGAAAUUAGGAAUCAGCAAAAUGCCAAAGAAGAAAGAGAUGCUACACGAGCAACCCUGAAAGAACUUCAGUUGCAACUUGAUGAAAGUAUAUGUGAAAAAGAUGCCUUACAAAAGCGGCUGGAGGAGAGUGAGAAGGAACUUAGACAGAACCUAGAGGAGCUUUUUCAAGUGAAGAUGGAGCGGGAACAAUACCAAACUGAGAUCAGAGAUCUUCAGGACCAGCUGUCUGAAAUGCAUGAUGAACUGGACAAUGCAAAACAUACUGAUGAAGGGGAGAAGGAAGUUCUGAUUGAGGAGCUGAUGCAAAUGAAGCAGGAUCUGCAAGAAGUAUUAGUAGCAAAGGAUCAACAAGAAGAGAUACUGAGAAAGAGAGAGCGAGAGCUUACAGCUUUAAAAGGAGCACUAAAAGAAGAAGUGUCUAGCCAUGACAUGGAGAUGGAUAAAAUUAAAGAGCAACAUGAUAAAGAAUUGCUGAAUCUACAGCAGAGCCUGGAGAAAGUAACAGAGAGUGCUGCUGUCCUUGAGAGUGAAAGGAAUGCUGUGGAAGAGAUGCGAAAUAGUCUAGAAAAUCAAGUCAAAGAGCUGACUGAGGAAAACGAACAAUUGAAGAGAAUAGUUGAUGAGCUAGAGAGUAAAAUUAAGGAAUUGUACAACCAAAUCAAUAACAUGAAAGGAGAAGAAGAUUCAGCAAAGGAAAAAAUAAAGAGAUAUGAGGAAGAGAAGCAACAAUUAGAAGAAGCUUUGAAACAUGCUGGAAAUGAGGAAAAAGCAUUGGUGGUGUUAAAGAAGUCUUUGGAAAGCCAACUGGAAGAUAUGCAGGAGAACAUUAGUUGUAUUUCACAGGAACGACAACAGUUAACUGAGCAGCUAAAAGAUGAAACUUACCAGAAGGAAGAGCUGAAGAAGAUAAAAAAUGAAAUGGAAAAUGAACGAAUGCAGCUAAACAAGACCAUUGAAAAGUUACAGGAGGAGAUGGCUGAAAUGGUAGAGGUCUCAAGAACAUCAGCUCUGGAGUUUCAGAACCAGCUUGAUGACUACAAGGAGAAAAAUCGCAAGGAACUUGCAGAACUGCAGAGACAAUUAAAAGAAAAAAACCUUGAGGUAGAAAAAUCACGCCUGACAACCAUGAAAAUGCAGGAUGAGAUGCGUCUUAUGGAAGAAAACUUGAGGGACCACCAGAGAGCUCAGGAUGAGGCAAUUACAAAAACUCAGCUGCUGGAACAGACUGUGAGAGGCUUGGAAUAUGAACUAGAGGCUAAAAACCACUUGAAAGAUGAUCGGGCAAGGCAAAUCAAAUUAAUGGAGGACAAGUUAUCUCACCUGGAACUUGAGCUUGAUGAAGAAAAGACUAAUUCAGAUUUGUUGUCUGAGAGGAUCAGUAGAUGCAGAGAACAGAUUGAACAAAUGAGAACCGAGCUACUUCAGGAAAGAGCUAUAAAGCAAGAUUUGGAGUGUGACAAAAUUUCAUUGGAAAGACAGAACAAGGACUUGAAGAGUCGAAUCCUUCACCUGGAAGGUUCUUACCGAUCCAGUAAGGAGGGACUUGUUGCACAAAUGGAAGCAAGGAUCACAGAGCUAGAAGAACGACUUGAAAAUGAAGAGAGGGAUAGAGCUAAUUUCCAACUAAGUAACCGCAGACUUGAGAGAAAAGUGAAGGAAUUAAUGUUGCAAGUAGAUGAUGAACAUCUCUCAUUGACUGAUCAAAAGGACCAGUUGAGCUUGCGUUUGAAAGCAAUGAAACGUCAAGUUGAAGAAGCUGAAGAAGAAAUAGACAGACUGGAAAGUGCCAAAAAGAAACUCCAGAGAGAACUGGAAGAGCAACUGGACAUGAAUGAACAAUUGCAAGGACAGCUUAAUGCUGUGAAAAAGGAAUUGAGUAGACGGAAGAAGUCACCAAGUAAAGUGCUGACUGAUUUUGAUGAUGAUGAUGAUGAUGAUGAUGAGUUCAGCACGGAUGGAGAUAGUCUCUGUGAAGCGCCUUCAGGAAACAACUUGUCAAAAGAUGACGACACAAAAAUCUAAAUAAGUAUUGAAUCUGUGAUUCCUUUAAAGUACUGGAAGAAUAACCUAAAUUACCAAGACUGGAUAUUCUAGAAGCCAAAUGACAUAAAGGGAUUUAAGAGCUAGGAAUAUAAUGUUUCCAUCCAUACUGUGCCAUUUUCUUAUUUAGAUCUUCUCUGUUUAUUGUAGAAAACAGGAUUGCAUUAUGAAACAUGGAUAUAUAUAUAUACCUGCUACUGAAAACAUACGGAUAACAUUUCAUGUUGGUAAUACGAUUUUGCUAAAAUUCUGUUCAAGUAAAGAGCCAUUCGAAAGAAAUUCAAAACUAGUUUGUAGUUAUUAAAAGAUUUUCUCUAAAAUUAAGGAAGCCAUCAUAAUUUAAUAAUUAUAAGUAGGGGGAAAUGAUGUAUAGAAUGUAAAUACUUUAAAACUGAUCAUUUUAUUGACUACUUUAGUACAAGUUUGUAAAGUUUCAAAUAUUAUAUAAAUCAGUUCCAUAUGUAAAGUACAUAAAUUUAUAUUGAAUAUUAUAUUUGAAUUUUAAGAAAAAAAUAAAACAAAACUAAUACAUUUUGUAUACUGGGGAGCUGUUUGACAGUUCCUGAGCCAGGAAGUAUGUUCCAAUUUUAAAAUCAGUGCAUUUUAUUGUACGUAUUCUGUAUAUUAGGGAUAAAAUGCUAGCAUGCAGAAUUAGAUCUCCAAGUUCAGAUACUGCCUGUUGACUUUAGAGGGACCAUCAUGUGUCCAUGAUGAGUGAGGCUUGCCUAUAACUUGUUACUGUAACCUUUUGUUUCUGAAGCUUUCUGUUCUCAGUAGGGUAGGGUGAGAGUGAGGUGAGUUACUACUUGGCAUCUUUCAUUUCCCAAAGUGGGCUCUGUACUGCCAGGUGCAGAACGCUGUAGGCCUGCUCAGCUGAGGGCACCAAGACAGGCUUAUCUUAAAGCCUCUGAGGCAUCCCAGCCAUUCCAGUAAAAUUACAUGUGGCAUUUGAAUUAAGUAUGUGUCUAAAUGUGUUGGUUAACUGAUCCUGGAAUGUUAUGCACCUGGCAAGAAACUGCACCAAUUUCAGGAAAUACAAAGCCUAUAAUCUGAUUUUGUUUUUUCCUAAUUUGUUAUUUAGCAUCUGUUUGUGAGAUCUUGCAGUAUAUGAUCAUAUAUGCAGAUAUAUGUUAGUGUUUUGGUUUAUAGCAGUAUCUGCAUUUUGGGAGAUCUAUUCUGUGAACAAAACUUGAGGGAAAAUAAAAAAAGAGCAUUGCAAGUUUUAUUUUAAAUGCAUUUUCCAUUUUAUUGCAAAAAUUUUUUUUGUGCCAUUUAUAUUACACAGACAAUCUUGCUCUUGUGCAAAUCAAGAAUCUUAAGGAAAGUGCACUACUACAUAAUUUUGGUAAUAAGUCAUAGCUAAGUCCUGUUUGAUUGUUAGCAUUUGUUCCCAGUUACACUUAAGUGAGUACUUCUCUGCUGAAUGAACCAAAUAAUAAUUUAAUGUAGUUGUAAAAAUACUUUAACCUGGAGUUGCUGGGAGCUUCCAUUACUCCCACAUAGGCAUCUACUCAAGGAUAAAUUUAGCAGCUCCGAAAGUGAGCCUGAGAGACUUGGGUAAGGCACAAGUGCUGACAAUGGCAGUUCUCAUAUGGUUAUAUGAAAUGAAACUACUGCCUGCAGGAUCAGAAAUCUAUUUGUGCAUAGUAAAUUACAGACUCUUUUGCCAUAUAAUUCCUUUCAACAUGAUUUUGAUGUUUUGAAAUACAUGGGAAAUAAUAUGAACUGCAUAGCUGUAAUAACCUGCCUCUGAAUCUUGUACAUCUUUUCAGGUCGUUUCAGGCAUAGGGCAUGUUAUUCUUUUGUGGAGCUAGCUUUACUACUUUGACAACAUACAACCAGCCCUCCUCCAGGAAGAUCUGCACUAUACUGUACUGACAAUCAUCAUAUAACCUGCCGUGAUUUAUUUUUUGCUUCAUUUACAUGUUAUCUUAGGCUUAACUUUAAACAGCAGAUUCCAAUUUUCAUUCUGUUGCAGCAUUCUGUCCUGAUGUUCAUAGAUGACUAUUAUUUCAAGCCACUGGAAGAAAAUUACUUAAUAUUGCAGCUACCUCCAGUUACACUAAACUGUAAAAGAUAAAAUUCACUUAAAAUAAAAUGUCAACCAGCUCUUUCAGUUCUGCUUUUUAUGAUGCAUUUAGCUUGAUCUGCCAUUUGAAUUUCAUAGGAAAAUGUUUGUGUUUAAAAUAAAACAGGAAAAUAUUUAUCCAGGAAAUAUUAAUGCUGUAACCAAGUUUCUGCAUUUUAUUCUUUUUGGAUAGCUACUUUCCUUGUUACUUGUAAAGCAUGUGCAGUAUCUAGAAGACUCCUUUUCUCAUUUGAACUUACAAUAAAAUACAAGGGCUCCCCCUUUGUUGUUUCCCCCUUGAGACAUUGUUGUGAACUUUUAGUGGGAGAGAUCCUGCCUAUUAGACUCCCGCCCCCAUGUCUGCCUCGAAUGUCUAUUCUUUUGGACUUGAGAAUGGCAUUUCCUUUUUAGAGUUGUCAAAUUAUAUGAUUAAAACCAUAGAAAUUCUUAAGAUAUUGAAAAGGACAUUUUGACUCAUUCACAGAACAGUCUGUAGCUCUGUUUUGAUACAUGAUGCACUCAAAUUGGAUCACAUCAGAUGAGAGACUUUCAGACCCUAGAGGUUUGCUGAAGCAUCGGAGCUCUUGCUAUAUUACAUAAAUGAGUUUUAUUGUGCGCUGUAGAGGCCUUCAGCAACAGGUCUUUCUGUUUUCUUUGAUGAUACCAUAACAUCUCAUACACUAAGCAGAUACAAGCAACAUUGUUUAUGAUAUGAACCUAACCUGAUGACAGAUACAGUGGAUGCUUCUCUUUCAAUCUUUAAUAAUCUGUGAUGAACAAUGAACUUUAUGCCAUCUGUGAGAUUAAACGUCUUUUUUAUCUCACUGAGAUUUUGACCAUUUGUAUGUAAUAAGAGAUACACCUUCUACAAAGAAAAUCUCUCUCAUUAAGAUUCUGUUCUGCCUAAAUAAACAUGUUCUUAAAACA